GUAAAACAAGUUACCGACUGCCACCGCCAACUAAUAAUAUAAGAUAUCAGCUCCAUAUAAAAUCCAUCAGUUCCGCACUCGUUCCUUCAGUCACUCUCAAUUUCUCAAUCCGUCCUCUUCAUCAUGUUGGCUCCUUUGAUUUUGUCGUUCGUGUUGGUAGUGGUCGUUUCCGGCGUUCCGAUCAGUCCGGCGUCGACGUACCUAGUCGACGAGGUGAUCAAAAUGACCAACCUGUCGUCCAUUUCGAUUCCGUCGUUCAGAAUCGUUCAUCCCGGAAGUCAAGGCGUUAAGCCCAAGAUCGAAUACGAUUUUCUGCCUUUCAUCUCGGCACCUCCGCUCAAGGAAUCGGAUGAAGUUAUGGUUAAUAGCGCCUCCGCCGAAUCGGAGGAGCCCAAUCAAUUUGGCAUUGUCGAAUCCGACGAGUCUGAAGAAGAACUUUUGAAUAAGCCUCUUUUGCCUCUUUUGCCGGCUGCUGACACUGUCAUUUUUGAUUCACCCAUCACAACGAACAGCCCGACGCAAUUAGAAGCACUUCCGGAAGUAACUACUGUUGCCGGAAAAUAGGGAAAAAAAGGGUCAUUUCCGUUCCGGCUGUGAUUCCAAAAAUCUUGGCAAGGGUUAACUCCAAUUGUUUGGUUAUUUUUUUGUUGUUGUCGUAACGAACGCCCUUCAUGCAUGUAACCUUGUUAGUUAAUAACCAAACUUGCGUGAGUAUAAUUAUCUUUAAAAACAAAAAAAAUAAAAUCUAUGAAUAAAUUGUUAAUACGCC